AUGUCUCUGCCAAGCCGACAAACAGCUAUUGUGAACCCCCCUCCACCAGAGUACAUCAAUUCUAAGAAAAGUGGGCGGCUGACAAAUCAACUGCAGUAUCUACAAAAAGUUGUCCUGAAGGCCUUGUGGAAGCAUAGCUUUUCUUGGCCUUUUCAACAGCCGGUGGAUGCCGUGAAACUAAGGUUGCCUGAUUAUUAUACCAUUGUAAAAAAGCCAAUGGAUUUAAAUACAAUUAAGAAGCGGUUGGAGAAUAAAUAUUACGCAAAGGCUUCAGAAUGUAUAGAAGACUUCAAUACAAUGUUCUCAAAUUGUUAUUUAUACAACAAGCCUGGAGAUGACAUUGUUCUUAUGGCACAAGCUCUAGAGAAGUUGUUUAUGCAGAAGUUAUCUCAGAUGCCACAAGAUGAGCAAGUUGUGGGUGGUAAGGAAAGAAUAAAGAAAGACAUUCAGAAUGUACCAGUUUCUUGUGGUAAAGAAAAACCAUCCCCCAGAGCAACAGAAAAAGUAUUUAAGCAGCAAGAGAUUCCCUCUGGAUUUCUAGAGGCAUCUGUCCCUCCUUUAAACAUGGUGCAUGAAGCUCCACCUGACGCUGGCUCACAAGCUGUGGUCCAAGUUUCAAGGGGUGUGAAGAGAAAAGCAGACACAACUACUCCUACAACUUCUAUAGCUAAAGCAAGUACUGAAUCUUUUCCGACACUUAUAGAAAAUAAAUCAGCAAGAACACCUCCAAUAAAAGAAAGCAUGCUGAAGAAUGUUUUGCUGGAUUCUCAACAACAAUAUAAAGUUGUAAAGAAUGUUAAAAUAACUGAACAAUUAAAGCACUGUAGCGAGAUUCUUAAAGAAAUGCUUGCAAAGAAACAUUUAUCAUAUGCAUGGCCCUUUUAUAAUCCUAUUGAUGCUAAUGCUUUGGGACUCCAUAACUACUGUGACAUUGUCAAAAACCCAAUGGAUCUUGGAACUAUCAAGGGGAAAAUGGACAACCAAGAGUAUAAGGAUGCAUAUGAAUUUGCUGCCGAUGUUAGAUUAAUGUUCAUGAAUUGCUACAGAUGCAACCCUCCAGAUCAUGAAGUAGUGACAAUGGCUCGAACACUUCAGGAUGUUUUUGAAAUGCAUUUUGCCAAGAUCCCGGAUGAACCUGUUGAGACUACAACUUUCUGUCAGCUCUCCACGGAUGCUCCAGAAACCCACGGCAGAGAAAGCAGUAGUGAGGUUUCCUCUGAAGACAACUCUUCUGAUGAUUCUGAAGAUGAACGAGUUCAGCGCCUUGCAAAGCUUCAGGAGCAGCUCAAUGCUGUUCAUCAACAGCUACAGGUUCUGUCCCAAGUACCUUUCCAUAAGCUAAAGAAAAAGAAUGAGAAGUCUAAAAGGCCUAAAAAAGGAGAAAAGGUUAAUAACAGAGAUGUAAAUCCAAGGAAAAAUUUUCAGCAAAUGAAACAAAAGGAAAUGCCUAAGAGCAACCAACCAAAGAAGAGGAAACAGCAGGUUCCUCUGAAAUCUGAAGAUGAAGAUAAUGCGAAGCCUAUGAACUAUGAUGAGAAAAGGCAGUUAAGCUUGGAUAUAAAUAAACUUCCUGGAGAUAAACUCGGGCGAGUAGUUCAUAUAAUACAAUCUAGAGAACCCUCACUAAGAAAUUCCAAUCCUGACGAGAUAGAGAUAGACUUUGAAACCCUGAAAGCAUCGACUCUAAGAGAACUGGAAAAAUAUGUUAUGGCAUGUCUAAGAAAAAGACCACUAAAACCUCAUGCUAAGAAAACAACAAAGUCCAAAGAAGAACUUCAUGCACAGAAAAAACAGGAGUUGGAAAAGCGUUUACUGGAUGUUAACAAUCAAUUGAACUCUAGAAAACGUCAAGCAAAACCUGAGAAAGCACAACCAUCCAAAGCCAUUGGAAGCGGAUCCCGCCUGAGUGACAGCAGCAGCAGCAGCAGCAGCAGCAGCAGCAGCAGCUCAUCCGGGUCUGAAAGCAGCAGUAGUGAUUCAAGCUCUUCUGACAGCAGCGACUCUGAACCAGAAAUGUUUCCAAAAUUUACUGGAGUAAAACAGAAUGAUGUGCCUCCUAAAGAGAAUGUAAAGCAGAUACAAUCUUCUGUGCAAGGUACAAUCUCUGUUGAACCAGCCCUUGCUCAGCAGAGCACACACCCAUGUGGAGCACCAGUGAAUCAUCACCAGCUGGCACAUGGUUACCAAGAGUCAGAACACCCACAUACUGCAGGGAACAUUGCACAUAUACAGAGUCAGCCUGCUUCAGGUGAUUCCCAACAAGUCUUAGAUGGCCCCACUGUGAUGCAUCCAUCUGGUGAUAAUGACACAAUGGUGUUAGAAUCUGAAUGUCAAGUUCCUGUGCAGAAGGAUAUAAAGAUUAAGAAUGCAGACUCUUGGAAAAGUUUAGGCAAACCAGUGAAAUCAUCAGGUGUACUGAAGUCCUCUGAUGAGCUCUUCAACCAGUUUAGAAAAGCAGCAAUAGAAAAGGAAGUAAAAGCUCGAACACAAGAACUAAUACGGAAACAUUUGGAACAAAAUACAAAGGAACCAAAAAUAGCUCAAGAAAAUCAGAGGGACCUUGGAAAUGGAUUGACACUAGAAUCUUUUGCAAAUAAGAUCCAAAGCAGAUGCCAUGGAGAAGAGCAGAAAGAACAUCAGCAGUCUUUGGAAGCUCAAGACAAAUGCAAGCUUUGGCUUCUCAAAGAACGUAAUUUAGCAAGAGAGAAAGAGCAAGAGCGGAGGAGGAGAGAAGCAAUGGCGGGUACCAUUGAUAUGACUCUUCAAAGCGACAUUAUGACAAUGUUUGAAAACAAUUUUGAUUAAAAUUCAGUUUUUAAAUUAACCAUCACCUUCAAAUGAAUGUUGUAAGAUUAAAAUGCAUAUGGUAAAAUAAUUGCCUUCAGACACCAAGUAUAUCAAUCUUAUAUUGUAUUUUGACUGCUCUAAAAUGAUUAAACAGUUUUCACUUACA